CAAGUCUGAAAAUAAGCGCAAGAAAUAGAAGAAGAACGUGAUGUGACGAGCCUGCUCACCGACCAAUCACAGGGCCGGAUCGAAGAUGGCGGAAUCAGAGAUGAGCUUCAGGAGCUGUCGAGAAUUAUGGACUAUUCUGCUGGGGAGGUCUGCGUUGAGAGAGCCGGCUCAGAUAGAGGGAGAACUUGACAGACACUGGGACCGACUGCAUCAAGGACUUGGUUACUACAAGCCACCCAGCUCGUCCUCUGCUGGGAAAGUGAAGGAUAACAAAGAUGUUGCACAGCCACUGAAGGACUUUGGUUUUAGGAUCAGUAAACUAUUGAAUCUGGACGAGCAGCAGAGUGUGCAGCUUUUACAGUGCUAUCUGCAGGAGGACUACAGAGGAACCCGAGAUUCGUUAAAAGUUGUUCUAAAGGAUGAGCGGCAAAGCCAGGCUCUUCUUCUAAAGAUGGCUGAUUACUAUUAUGAGGAGCGCAUGUGUCUGCUUCGAUGCGUUCUGCUGCUGCUCACAUACUUUCAGGAUGAGCGUCAUCCCUAUCGGACCGAGUACAGUAACUGUGUUAAUAAACUGGAGAAAGACCUGGUGAGCAACUAUCAAUCACAGUUUGAGAAUCUCUUCAAGGCCGAAGCACCGACAUGGGAAACCCACGGCAACCUCAUGACUGAGAGGCAGGUCUCACGGUGGUUCAUGCAGUGUUUGAGAGAACAGUCUCUGCUGCUGGAGAUCAUUUUCCUUUAUUAUGCGUACUUUGAGAUGAGCCCUGCUGACCUCCUCAGCUUUACCAAAACGUUCAAAGGACAAGGCUUCGGCUUACGGCAGACCAACAGACACCUAGUGGACAAGAGCCUGGAUGCACUGGUUGACAGGAUCGGAUACUUGAGCUCUCUCAUCCUGGUGGAGGGGAUGGACAUAGACUUUCUGCACAAGUGUGCUCUGGAGGAUUGUACAGAGCAGCAUCAGUUCUCUGGGGCCCCUGAUGUCAUUAAGGAGAUGGAUCAGCUGCUGUUGACAUUUGGUGACAUCCCUCAUCAUGGCCCUGUGUUGUUGGCCUGGGUCCUGCUGCGACACACUCUCAGACCCGACGAGUCCAAUCCUGUGAUCAGGAGGAUAGGCAACACGGCCCUGCAGCUGGGGGUCUUUAAGUACCUGUCAACCAUGCUGAAGGGGCUUGGAGCCUCAGGAAAUAAUUGUACAGCAAGCACAGCCAAAAUGUGCAUCUACGGCCUGCUCUCAUUUGUGAUUACAUCAUUUGAAGAAGAGAGCUUACAGGCUAAUGGUGUGGAGGGCUCUCACUUGAUUGAAGCUGCCUGUGAUGUUCUUUCUGCUCCCAGUUUAGCUGAAGUCUUUUGGGAAAUGAAGCCAAACAGGGGCCUGGGGAUGAUUCUGGACAGUGCAGCUGGAAUGUUCCCUCACAAGAUAGGACCUCUGCUGCAGCUUCUGACGGCACUCGUGUCAAACAAGUCGACAGUGAAGAAGGUGUAUAACUUCUUGGAUAAGAUGUCCUUCUACACACAAGUUUACAAACACAAGCCCAAUGACAUCAUUUCUAAGGACGAUGAGACGUUGUGGAGGAGACAGAGUCCAAAACUCCUGUACCCUCUGGGUACGGGGCAGACUAACCUGUGGAUGCCCCAGGGAGUGCUGGGCCAGAUAAUGAUUGCAGGGGAGCAGGGCUACAUGGUGAGGUGGGACUACUCAUUCAGUGCCUGGACUCUGUUCACCUGCGAGGUGGAAAUGCUGCUGCACGUCGUCUCCACUGCAGAUGUCAUUGCUCACUGUACACGUGUGAAACCCAUCCUGGAUCUGGUCCAUAAGAUCAUCAGUAUAGACUGGACUGUGUCCGACUGUUUGCUGCCUCUCACUUCACGCAUCUACAUGUUGCUGCAGAGGUUAACUUCAGUCAUCACCCCCCCGGUGGAUGUGAUCGCCUCCUGUGUGAAUUGCCUCUCUGUGCUUGCUGCAAGGAUGCCAGGGAAGGUGUGGUCCAGUCUGCAUCACACUGGCUUCCUCCCUUUCGCCUCCAGCCCUCUGACCAACAUGGCCCAGUGCAUCAGUGCUGAGGGGAUGAAGGCGGGUAAUUAUGGCAACCUGCUGGUUCAGAUCGAGCAGCCCAGAGGAGAGUACGCUGUAACGAUCGCCUUCCUUCGCCUCAUUACAACCUUGGUGAAGGGGCAGCUGGGAAACACUCAGAGCAAAGGGCUGAUUCCCUGUGUGCUGCUGGUCUUAAAGGAAAUGCUGCCAACAUACCAUAAGUGGCGGUACAACACCUAUGGAGUCAGAGAGAGAAUAGGGUGCCACAUUUUGGAGUUGAUACAUGCCAUUCUAAAUCUGAGCCCCGAAGGAGAGGACCAGGGCAGCACUCCCACCCUGCAGUCCCUUUGCAUCUACAGUUUAGCAAACACAGAAGCUGGACAGGCUGUUGUCAACAUCAUGGCUGUUGGAGUGGACACCAUAGAUGUUGUCCUGGCUGCACAGCCCAGCAGCUGUGGCUCUGAGGGUCCAGGUCAGAUUCUGAUCCAGACAGUCAAACUGGCCUUUUCUGUUACGAACAACGUGAUACGUCUGAAGCCCCCGUCUGAUGCGGUGUCCCCCUUGGAGCAGGCGCUGACGCAGCACGGUGGUCACGGCAGCAACCUCGUAGUCGUCCUAGCCAAAUAUAUUUACCACAAACAUGAUCCGGCACUGCCCCGCCUCGCCAUCCAGCUCCUGAAAAGGCUCGCCACUGUGGCUCCCAUGUCCGUCUACGCCUGCCUCGGCAGCGAUGCGGCGGCUAUCAGGGAUGCGUUCCUCGCCCGGCUGCAGAGCAAAACAGAAGACAUGAGGAUCAAGGUGAUGAUCCUGGAGUUCCUCACUGUGGCCGUGGAAACUCAGCCAGGUCUCAUUGAACUCUUCCUCAACCUGGAGGUGAAAGACGGAAAUGAAGGGUCAAAGGAGUUCCUGGUGGGCGAGUGGAGCUGCCUUCAUGUGGUGUUGGAUCUAAUCAACUCAAAACAGCAGGGGAAGUAUUGGUGUCCUCCGUUGCUCCACCGGGCAGCACUGGCUUUCCUUCUGGCCCUGUGGCAGGAUCGUAGGGACAGUGCCAUCUCUGUCCUUCGCACCAAGGACAGAUUUUGGGAGAACUUGACAACACCUCUCUUUGGAACCCUUACCCCGCCGUCGGACACCACAGAGCCAUGCGUUCUGGAGGCCUGUGCAUUUGUCAUGAAGAUCAUCGGCCUGGAGAUCUACUAUGUUGUCAGUGGUUCUUUGGAGCAGUCUCUGAAGGAUGGGCUACAGAAGUUCUCGAAUGCACGGCGCUAUGACUACUGGUCCCAGUAUGUGAAGUUGUUGGUGUGCCAUGUGGCAGAGACUGAAGAAGAGGGCAUCUGUUGUUUGCCAGAGACACAAAUGCUGAUUUCUGCUUGGCGGAUGCUGCUAAUUCUUUCCACCACCCAUGCUGAUGUGAUGCAUCUAACAGAAGAUUCAACCAAACUGAAGCUGUUUAUGGAUGUUCUAGAUGGGACUAAAGCUGCUCUGACCACACCCACAUCUGUGCCUUGUCUUCGUCUGGGAUCCAUGAUGGCUACGCUCCUGCUAAUCCUCCUGAAACAGUGGAGAAGUGUGGUAGCAGCUGCUCCAGACAUCCUUUCUCCACUCUCCCUAAUCCUGGAGAGCACCCUGCAGGCUGACCAGCAGAUGAUGGACAGGACCAAAGCUAAAAUCUUCUCUGCACUCAUCUCUGUGCUACAGAUUCAGGGACUCAAUGGCGGAGAUAUUUCCCAGCUGCCCCAGCUGUUGCUCUCUGUAUGCGAGACGGUGAAGGAUGAGGCGCUGGCGCUCAUCGACAACACUCGACACGUGAGUCAGAUGGGAGACAUGCAGGAGCAGGAGGACAGCAUGGAGACGGAUUCUCCUCGUGGUCUGCAGAAGGACCAGAGAGACGGGGUGUGCGUUCUUGCCCUGCACUUAGCCAAAGAGCUGUGUCGUACUGAUGAGGAUGGUGAGUACUGGGUGUUGGUGAUGAGGAAGGUCCCAGUCCUGCCCUCAGUGCUGAGCGCCGUGGAGAUCAGUCUGCGCUGCAAACACAACCUCUACUUCACCGAAGCCGCGCUCCACCUGCUCCUAACACUGGCCCGCACUCCUCAGGGGGCAGCAGCUGUUGCUGGAGCAGGAGUUGUUCAAACCAUCUGCCUUCCUCUUCUGAGUGUGUACGAGUCUUCAAAUGGAGCCUCACAGAGUUUCUCUAGGAAGUCCCAGGACUCCGCCUGCUGGCCGGGUGUGUACCGCCUCUGCAUGUCUUUGAUGGAGAGUCUCCUGAAGACUCUUCGCUACAACUUCAUCAACGAAGCCCUGGACUUUGUUGGAGUGCAUCAGGAACGCAUAUUACAGUGUCUGAACGCCGUGCGCACAGUGCAGAGCCUUUCUUGUUUAGACGAGGCGGAUCACACAGUGGGAUUUCUGCUGCAGCUCUCCAGCUUCUGCAAGGAAUGGCAGUUUCAUCUUCCCAAUCUGCUCAGAGACGUCCAGAUAAACCUAUGUUACUUGUGCCAGACGUGCACAUACCUGCUCAACAGCAAAAAGAUGCUCCAUCAUUACCUACAGUCUAAGAAUGGUGAGGCAUUGCCCCCUGGCCCCCGGGCACAGCGGCCCCCUCAGACCUUGAAUAAAGAUGCAGCAGGAGGAGGAGGUGGAGAAAGAGAAGAGGCUGAGCUGAAGGCCCUGUUGGCCGUACAGUGCAGCCUGCUGAAGAUCCUCAGUAAAACCCUGGCUACUCUGCAGCACUUCACUCCAGACUGCUGCCAGAUACUGCUGGACCAGUGUAUGGACCUGGCUGAGUACAGGACCCUGUUUGUGCUCAGCUUCACAACUCCUGCAUUUGACCCGGAUGUGGCGCCGUCAUUCGGGACCCUGCUGGCCACCAUCAAUGUGGCCCUGGGCAUGCUCAGUGAGAUGGAGAAGAAGAAGGAGCCAGCUUCUCAGAGCAUAGCUUCGCUGGCUUCGUUGGAAGAGAUCCAAGCUCUGAAGUCACUGCUGAUGUUCACCAUGGAAAACUGCUUCUACGUACUGAUCUCUCAGGCUGUCCGGUGUCUCAAAGAUCCAACCAUCCUCCCCCGAGAUAAACAAAGGCUCAAACAGGAGCUCAGCUCAGAACUGAGCACUCUUCUUUCCAGCCUGUCACGCCACUUCAGAAGGGGUUCACCAUCAUCCCCAGCUAGCGGCAUCCUCCCCUCAAUUCAGUCCAAACCUCCCACACCCGGCUCGAAGCCAAGCCACGAAGGCCAGGAGCCCAUCAUCCAGCUGGUUCAGGCCUUCGUCAGACUUGUGCAAAGAUAGAUGUUGCUAGUUUAUCCCUCUGCACAAAAGAAGCCAAUAUUUUCAUAGAUGUUUUCAAUAAAAAAAACCUUUUCUAGUGUCGAGCCCUGUUUAGAAGUGAAGAGUUGUUGUGGUUCAAGGCGUAGUAACAUUUGACUUUAAUAUUUAAUAUUCUUGGGUGCCAGAACUUCAAUACAGCCUUUCAAACAUGUUCAUUAUGAUGAAGAACUGAGUCUGUAGGGAUCUUGGUGCUAUUCUUCAUCAGCGAAAACUGAUUAUGGUCCAUCAUUCCCAGGCCUAGUUUUAUAGGUCACUAUGACAACCUGAUGACUAGAAAGUUUAAAAUGCUACUUCAACAUAUUCUCUGCAUGACCAUAAUUAAAAACAUAAGAUCUUGUCAAGCUCCUUUUUUUCUUGUUUCUGUUUUAUCUUGACAUGAUCUGUUUUAUUUUAAUUAGUUCAAUUCUUGUUCAGAAGUAGUGGCCAAAAUUUGUACUUUCAAAGAAAAUAUAUAUGCUAUUAAAGGUUUUCUACCAAAGUAA